GAGCUGGACUGGGAGCAGCCUGCUAUCACAACCAGAGCCUGAAAGCUUGUUUCUGUUCCCUACAAGCCGAGCUACACCCAUUAACAAGGGACUAGCGAGGCUUCGUUUGAAGUAUUGGAAAGCUCCUUUCCUCGCUGGAUCAUAGCAAACACACCUGACCUGAAGUCAGUUCAGCCGAAAAGGGAACACUAAGUUAAUUUAGUGCCACAAUGUUUAAUCUAAAGAAAAAGGAGAAGGAGAAGAAGGAGAAAAAGGAGAGGAUGUCUGCAGCAGAGCUGCGCAGUCUGGAGGAGAUGAGCAUGCGCCGUGGUUUCUUCAACCUGAAGAGGGAGUCGAAGCGGGAAUCUAGGAACAAGCUUGAGAUUUCCAACCCCAUUCCCAUCAAAGUGGCCAGCACCAGUGAUCUCCCCCUCACUGACAUUGAAUUAGAUGGCUUGAGUAACCGAAGCAGCAUGAUCCUGGAUGACCAACUAAGCAUUGCCAGCUCCAAUGAUGAUCUGAAGGGUGAGGGUGGAGGAGGACAGGAUGGACAACGCAGCUCAGUGCGAGAUCGAGUUGCUCACUUUGGUUCACUUGCCAAGCAGAACUCUACACAGAUGAUGAAACGCUUCUCCUUUUCCCAGAGAAGCAAAGAGGAGAGCCCUUCAGAGGGAUCCACCCCUUCAGGCCAGAAUUCUGCUGCCCCAUCCCCACAGGUGGAGAGCAAAGUUUUCAGCAUGCUCCGCAAGCACAGCCUCAAGCAGCAGCCUGGAGCAGAAGCCCCCAAAAGAAUCUGCAUUCCCGAAGUGGUCGAUAAAACCUUCCCUGCACAACUCCAGCUGCCAGCUGUGGUUGCUCCAAGUCCACCUGAAACCCGUGAACUGGAACUCCAGCGCCGCAACACUGGUGACUUUGGAUUUUCUUUGCGUCGCACUACAAUGCUGGACCGCAGCCCUGAUGGAGGAGUGUACAGACGUGUGGUUCACUUUGCAGAACCUGGUGCAGGCACUAAGGAUCUGGCACUGGGCCUGGUGCCAGGCGAUAGGCUGGUGGAGAUAAAUGGACGAAAUGUGGAGAAUAAGAGUCGAGACGAGAUAGUGGAGAUGAUCCGUCAGUCAGGAGACACGGUGAGGCUGAAGGUGCAGCCAAUACUGGAGUUAAGUGAGCUGAGUCGCUUCUGGCUGAGGAACACCGAGGGGCUGCGCAGGGAGGCCCGACUGGUGAAGACCGAGGAACAGAUUGCAGCAGAGCAGGCCUGGUAUGAAUCAGAUAAAGUAUGGCUUGUCCACAAGGAUGGCUUUUCCCUGGCCACCGUGAUAAAGACAGAAACUGGCUCUCUGCCAGAGGGCAAGGUAAGAAUCAAAAUGGAGCAUGACGGGACUGUACUGGAUGUGGAUGAAGACGACAUUGAAAAGGCCAACCCUCCAUCAUACGACAGAUCAGAAGACCUAGCUUCACUACUCUAUUUGAAUGAAUCCAGUGUAAUGCACUGCCUGAGGCAACGCUAUGGAGGGAACCUCAUCCAUACCUAUGCUGGACCCAACAUGGUGGUCAUCAACCCUCUCAGCGUGCCCUCCAUGUACUCGGAGAAGGUGAUGAACAUGUUUAAAGGCUGCCGGCGUGAGGAUUCAGCUCCUCAUAUUUACUCUGUGGCCCAGUCGGCCUACCGCAACCUGCUCACCACCCGACAGGAUCAGUCCAUUGUGCUGCUGGGCAGGUCUGGUAGCGGCAAAACCACCAACUGUCAGCAUCUUGUCCAGUACCUGGUCUGCAUUGCUGGCAGCACAGGAAAAAUCUUCUCUGCUGAGAAGUGGCAGGCAGUCUACACCAUACUGGAGGCCUUUGGGAACAGCUCUACCACCACAAACACAAAUGCCAGCCACUUCUCUCAUGUUGUUUCCUUGGACUUUGACCAAGCUGGGCAGGUGGCCUCUGCCUCCAUCCAGACAAUGUUGUUGGAGAAACUGAGGGUGAGCAGACGACCUGAGGGGGAAUCCACCUUCAACGUUUUUUACUACAUGAUGGCUGGAGCCGACAGCAGUCUCAGGACGGAGCUGCACUUUAACCACCUGGCUGAGAACAGUGCUUUUGGGAUCCUGCCACAGACUAAGCCUGAAGACAAGCAGCGAUCCUUGCAGCACUUCACCAAGCUGCAGGCAGCCAUGAAGGUGCUGGGCAUCUCCAGUGAAGAGCAGAAAGCCAUCUGGCUUAUCCUCGGUGCCAUUUACCACUUGGGGGCAGCGGGCGCGACUAAAGAUGGAGAUGAAGUGGGACGUCGGCAGUUUGCUCGCCAUGAAUGGGCUCAGAAAGCGGCCUACCUGUUGGGCUGCACCUUGGAGGAGCUAUCUUCAUCUAUUUUUAAGCAUCAGGCCAAAGGACUGCAGCAUUCUACCUCAUUCUGUCCAGAUAAAAAAGACAUUUUCGCCUGCCUUUGUUCAUCACAGGUUCGUACUCUAGCCAGGACAGAUGAAGCUCGAGGCCUUCUGUGGCUCAUGGAGGAGGAGGCUGUACAUCCAGGAGGUUCAGAGGAAACCAUGCUGGAGAGACUCUUCAGCUACUAUGGCUCUGCACAGGGAGAAAACAAAGGAGCUAAUCUACUUCUGCGAGGCGAGAAGCCCCACCUCUUCCUGCUGGGCCACAGCCAUGGGACCAAUUGGGUGGAGUAUAACACCCAAGGCUGGUUGAACCAUGCCAAGCACAACCCUGCUGCCCAGAAUGCUGCAACCCUGCUGCAGGACUCCCAGAAGAAGAACAUCAGCGCGCUGUUCAUGGGCCGGGCCAGUGGAGCCACCGUGUUGUCGGGCUCCAUCGCCGGUCUGGAGGGCAGCUCCCAGCUUGCCCUGCGGCGAGCCACUAGUAUGAGGAAAACCUUCACUACAGGUGUGGCUGCUGUCAAGAAGAAGAGUCUGUGCAUCCAAGUGAAACUCCAAGUGGAUGCUCUGAUUGACAUGGUGCGUCGUUCUAAGGUUCACUUCGUCCAUUGCCUACUGCCCAAAGUAGAGGCAGUAGGAGGAGGUGAUUACCGUAUGGCUCAUGGAGAGAGCCCUGACUCAGGUCUCAUGACUCUGGACGUGAGCCUCCUGAGAGCUCAGCUCCGAGGAUCCAAGCUGCUAGAUGCUCUGCGCAUCCACAGGCAAGGUUAUCCUGACCACAUGGUUUUCUCUGAGUUUCGAAGGCGCUUUGAUGUUCUGGCACCUCAUCUAACCAAGAAGUAUGGCCGCCACUACAUUGUCACAGAUGAGAAGAGGGCAGUGGAGGAGUUACUGGAGUCUUUGGAGCUGGAGAAGAGUAACUACCACAUGGGGCUCAGCAGGGUGUUCUUCAGAGCAGGGAUUCUGUCCAGACUGGAGGAGCAGCGAGAUUUCCAGACGAGGAGGAACAUUUCUCUGUUCCAGGCUGCUUGCAGGGGAUACUUAGCCAGACAGGCGUUCAAGAAGAGAAAGAUUCAGGAUCUGGCAAUCCGCUGCAUCCAGAAGAACAUAAAGAAGAAUCGUGGUGUCAAAGGCUGGCCAUGGUGGAAGCUGUUCACCACUGUCAGACCUCUGAUAGAGGUGCAGCUCACUGAGGAACAGAUCCGUGGCAAGGAUGAAGAGAUCCAGCAACUCAAGCAGAAGCUAGAGAAGGUAGAGAAAGAGAGGAAUGAGCUGAGACUCAACAGUGACCGUCUCGAGAGCCGGAUCACAGAGCUGUCAGCAGAGCUGGCUGAUGAGCGCAACACUGGGGAAUCUGCCUCCCAGUUGCUGGAGACAGAAACUUCUGAGAGACUGCGUCUGGAGAAGGACAUGAAGGACCUGCAGGCCAAAUUUGACAGCACGAAGAAAGAGAUGGAGUCUAUGGAGAUGGAGGUGAUGGAGGCUCGACUCAUCCGUGCUUCCGAACUCAGUGGAGAGGUGGAUGAUGAUGAGACAGGAGGAGAGUGGAAGCUGAAGUAUGAGCGAGCAAUCAGGGAGAUCGAGUUCACCAAGAAGAGACUGCAGCAGGAGCUUGAUGACAAACUGGAGGUGGAGCAGCAGAACAAGCGGCAGCUGGAGAGGCAGAUCAGUGACCUGGAGGCUGAUUAUGAGGAGUCUCAGCGAAAUAUCCAGCAGCUGAAGAAGAAAGCCCAGCGACUGACAGCUGAGCUGCAGGACACUAAACUUCACCUGGAGGGUCAGCAGAGUCGCAACCAUGAUUUGGAGAAGAAGCAGAGGAAGUUUGACAGUGAGCUGAGUGCAGCCCAGGAUGAGGUGCAGAGGGAGAGAAGCCUGAGGGAGAAACUGGCUCGAGAGAAAGACGUGCUGACCGGAGAGGUCUUCGGCGUCCGGCAGCAGCUGGAGGACAAAGACCUGGAAGCUUGUGCAGUCAACCUGAAGCUGGAGCAGCUGGAGGCCGAGCUGCAGGAUCUCAACUCCCAAGAAUCAAAGGAUGAGGCAUCACUGGCCAAGGUGAAGAAGCAGCUUCGUGAUCUAGAGGCAAAGGUGAAAGACCAAGAAGAAGAGCUUGAUGAGCAGGCUGGUACCAUCCAGAUGUUGGAGCAGGGUAAGCUACGUCUUGAGAUGGAGAUGGAGCGCUUGCGUCAAACCCAUUCCAAGGAGAUUGAGAACAAAGAUGAGGAAGUGGAGGAGAUCAGGCAGUCAUGUAGCAAAAAGCUAAAACAAAUGGAAGUCCAGCUUGAAGAGGAGUAUGAUGAGAAGCAGAAGGUGCUGAAGGAGAAGAGAGAGCUGGAGUCGAACUUUCUGUCUGUACAGGACCAGGUGAGAGGUGGUGACAUAGAGGUUGAAAAGCGCUUGAGGAAGGACUUGAAGAGAACCAAGGCUUUGCUUGCAGACGCCCAGAUCAUGUUGGACCACAUAAAGAAUAACGCACCCAGCAAGAGGGAGAUCGCCCAACUCAAGAAUCAGUUAGAGGAGUCGGAGUUCACCUGUGCAGCUGCAGUUAAAGCUAAAAAGUCCAUGGAGGUGGAGAUUGAAGACCUACAUGUUCAGAUGGAGGACAUUUCCAAAACGAAACAGGCGCUGGAGGAGCAGCUGAGUCGUCUGCAGAGAGAGAAGAAUGACCUGCAGUCAAGAAUGGAGGAGGACCAAGAGGACUUCAAUGAGCUGAUGAAGAAACACAAGGCUGCUGUGGCCCAGUCGGCUCAGAACCUGGCUCAGAUCAGUGACCUUCAAGCCCAGCUUGAGGACGCCCUAAAGGAGAAGCAGGAAAUUCAAGAGAAGAUGCAAGCCCUCCAGAGCCAGAUGGAGUUCCAGGAGCAGUCCAUGGUGGAGAAAUCCCUCGUCAGCCGGCAGGAAGCCAAGUGUCGUGAGCUUGAGACCAAGCUGGAGUUUGAGAAGACCCAAGUCAAACGCCUAGAGAGCCAUUUAGCUCGGCUUAAGGAGAACUUGGAGAAGCUGACGGAGGAACGAGAUCAGCGCAGCAGCGGUGAGAUUCGAGAGAAGGAACAAAACAAACGUUUCCAGAGACAGAUCCGUGACAUCAAAGAAGAAACGGCUGAGCUGGCCAAAAAAGAAGCAGAGGCCAGCCGCAAGAAGCAUGAGCUGGAAAUGGACAUUGAGAGCUUGGAGGCUGCAAAUCAGAGCCUGCAGGCAGACCUUAAGUUGGCUUUCAAAAGGAUUGGUGACCUCCAGGCAGCCAUUGAGGACGAGAUGGAGAGUGAUGACAACGAAGACCUUAUUAACAGUCAAGGGGAUUCAAACACAGAUUCUGAGGUGGAGGAUCAUGUGGAAGGGGUGAAGUCAUGGCUGUCCAAGAACAAAGGUUCCACCAAAAAUCUCUCUGAUGACGGCAGUCUCAAAAGCUUCAGAAGUGCUGUAAAUGUAGAAGCAAAGGAAGGAAAGGAAUUGAAAGAGGGUAAGGAAUGGAAAGAGGUGAAUAAAGAAGGCAGAGAGGUAGAAACAAGCAGGCCAGUUUCAGUGAUGAGCUCCCUAAGCUACAGAAAACGAUCCAACCUCAGUAGCAAAGGAGAUGCCCUCUUCAGUCAGAAUGCUGAGUCAGAGGAUACGCUAUCCUUUUGUAAACCAAAACCCCAAGCUUCUGAUUUUCAGAAUGAUGCAUACUUAGCCAGCUCAAGGAGAAAGUCUCAGGUAUUGGAUGGCAUGAAUGACAGACAGUCAGUCAUCUCCCAAGCCUAUUCAGAAGCCAACAGCCAGGCUAGAAAAGGCCUGGACAGCCGCUGGAGCAACUUUAACAAAGAAUCAACCAUUUCAUUUACUGCACCAAGUCGGGCCUCCACAUUUCUUGGGUUAAACCCAGAGAAUGAUGCCAAGUCUAACGUCAGCUUAGGUCUGUCAAGCCCACUUGGACGCCAUCAAAGCACCUCAAGAUUAGACAAGGGUAGAGGGAGCCGCUCACAGUAUAGCAGUGGUCCCAGUAGCCCUUGCUAUAGCAGACGUUUUGGAGGUUGUAGUCCCGGAAGUGUUAGUCGGCCUGAUUCAGUGGCUUACAGCAGCCGUCUUAGUGAGUUUGAUGUUGAUAUUGAUGAUAGUAGAAGUGUGGCCUUCACUGAGAGGUCAGCAUACAGUCCACACUCUUCAACUGGACGCAGUAUCUCCAUGCCACCACCACAAGUCAGAUCAAAUUUUGAAAACGACGCAGUUGAUAACUUGGAUGUCAAAACAGUCAGCCAUCGCAACUACCUUGACCCUGACCUGGAGAAAGCCAUCAAUGAAGUCCUGAGUUUUAAACCUAUCCAAUUCAAGCGCAGGACUUUGGAAGACUCUGACUGUGAAGAAGAAAAGUUCAACAAUAAUGAAGCUGACAGAAAAGAUACUCACUCUGUCAACAGCCUCAGACGCUCUGCAUCUGCUGCGGACUGCAUGAGACCAGCCAGUAGCCGCAGUAGCCGCAGUAGCCGCCAUCGCCACAGUAGUAAAGGAAAGAGCAAGAAAAAGAAGAGAAGCCACAGCUCUGACUCUGACAGCUCAGAAGAUGGCCAUCGUCACAAAAGCAGCUCCAAGAGGAGAUCCAAAAAAUCUAAGAAAAAAUCCAAAAGGAAGGAUGAGUCUUUGUCUUCUUCCUCAUCUUCCUCAUCUUCAGAAUCAGAAUCCAGCUCUGAUGCCUCCACUAUUUCCUACCGAAGUUCCAGCAGUGUGAAAAGGGCACCAGCUCGAAAGGCUUCAAGUCCAGAAGUGGAUGAAGAAGCUGGGUCUCAGAGCGAGACUCAGCCCCUUAAUAAAAAGGAUGAGAAGAAGAGAAAGAAGAAGGUCGACAGCCUGAUGAUGAAGUAUUUAUACCGGCCGGAGAGUGACUGAUGCAGGCACCCGCCUAGCCAAAGACGCUACCUUUUCGAUAGAUCUGAUGAAGAGGAAGAAGAAGAAGAAAAAGAAGAAGGCGGGGCGUCCCUACACUAUCCUCGAUACAGAUACACCACCAAUGUGAAAGGUCGAGAUGGCGAGG